GUCGGGUCGAGUUCUGGAUGAAGAGGCAGACAAAGUGCUCACCACAAUGAAGACUCGUGUCAAGGGCCGAUUUGCCACAGGUCAAUGUGAUGCAUGGAAGAACAUCACCAAGACGUCCAUAGUUGCAUCAAUGUUGAACGUCGAAUACAAGGCACUUGAUAUAUCUGCGAAGGCCAAGAACGCUGAGAAUUUGCUCGAGAUCGUCGUCAACGAGAUCAAAUACUGCCGUGACGUACUCGAGACAGUGGUGGUCGCAUGGUGCACGGAUUCGAGUGGCGAGUCUUUGAAGAUGCGUCGCCUUCUUCGUGAGCGAUUUCCUUGGAUUGUGACAGUGGCGUGCUGGGCGCAUCAGCUCAAUCUCGUCGUGUCCGAUUACCUCAAAUUGAAGCUCCCGCAUAUCCGUGUUGUUGAUCAAGCUUUGGAAGUGAUCAAGUGGUUCAACAAUCACAGUCGGGCUCUGGGGCUCCUGAAGGAGAAGAUGAUGGAGAAGCUAGCGAAGGUUUAUGCGUUGAUUUUACCAGUCAUUACCCGCUGGACAUCGCACUUCCUUUCAUGCCGGCGACUGCUCCGCAUCGAGAAUGCCAUGCGGACCCUUGUGUUGGACUCGCGCGAUCAACUGAUCGUGUGCGCGGGCGAUAAGGUCGAACUGAAAGCGAAGGCGACUGAGAUCCUUGAUCUCAUCAGCGAGCCGUCUUUCUGGCGUAACCUUGCAGAGAUCGAAAAGUCACUUCGCCCUCUCGCCAUCGCGACUUAUGCAACUGAAGCGAAUAAUGCCCGCUUGGACAUUGUCUUGCUGACUCUUGGCCACCUCUACCACAUAUUCAGCAGCCUGGAGUACGAUGCUGCUGCACGCGAGACAAUCCGCAAGAGCCUGGAGAAGCGCUGGAAACAAGCCGAUCAGGAAGUCUUCGUCCUUGCGGUUCUCUUUAACCCUUACCUGCGGCGAAAGGCCUUCAACCCAGACAACGCGCUUUUCACCGAGGCGUCACUCUGGGGAAUGGUUGAUCGAUGCUUCCGCCGCAUGUUUCCUUCACCAGAGUACGCACCACCCGAUUACGAGAUGCGCCGUGCAUUUACAGAUUAUCUGACUGGGCUCGGGACCUUCUCCGACGAGGCGAUGAGCCUCGAGCUCCUGAAGAGGAUGGCAGAUGCAGAGAAAUCCUUUGUCGAUCUCGUCAGUGUCUGGCGGUCGUGCUGGACUCCUGGAAAGACAACAGGACCCGAGGGACUGGUUGUCCUUGCUAUGCGGAUACUCAGCAUUGUGCCCAACUCUGCCGCGACGGAGCGGCUCUUCAGCUUGAUGGGUACAAUACAUACCGAUCGACGCAAUCGUCUCGAUGCUGGAAGGGUUCGCAAGAUGGCCUUGGUCAAAGGUGACAUUAAUACACAGUGGCCUGCGAAGGAGCGCAAGAAGCGUCACACUUACGAAUGUUCCACCACCGCAUCCGCAUCAUCUGCCGCCGUCUCGUCCACAACCACAUCCGAGUCAGCAGCACCGCCAGCAAACAGCGACGCGAGCUCAGGUCCAGGCCGAACCGCCGACUCCGAAUGGGACACACCCCUUAUUACCUCGUUCAGCGCUGUCGCAGAUGAACUCUCGCACGAAGCGGAGGAGCAUGACAAUGCGACUCGGAGUCUCAGCUCGCAGCCACUGGUACCCGGCAGUAGUACCGGCGACGGCGCGGCUGCCACCACUUCGAGCUCGGCACCGGUGGGUGCGGCGUUGCAUGGUCGCGAGAGGCUUUUACUAUGCAACCUAUUCCUGAAACCGUCGGACCCCCAUUUUGUUCAACUGAGUAGCUAUUGCGCUGGCUUCUGGCAGCAAGCCGAAGCGAGCCUAGAUGUAGAAUCCGACCUUCAGGAGGUCCUUAUGUCAGAGCCCCCAGUAUCUUCCGAGUUGUGA